UUUUUAAAUAGUAUCGGUUUUAAGAAAAGAAAAGAAAAAAAAAAAAUUCAAGUUCAAGUUUAAACUUUUUUUUUAUUUUAACAAUAACAAUAAUAAUGUAUAACAAAUGGGAUAUUAGACCAAGGAUAUGGUGUAAAUACUGCAAAAAAUUCAUUACCAACAAUAAGCCUUCAAUUCAAAUUCAUGAAAAUGGUGGAGCCCAUAAAGCAGCAGUAGAAAGUUUCUUACGUAAUGUAUACAAAAAGGGGAGACAAGAAAAAGAAGAAGAAGAGAAUAUUAGAUGUGAGCUUCAGCGUAUCGAGAGUGCAGCAUUAAAUGCAGUUGGUAUUGCUGAGCGAAGUAAAUACAGUUCAACGAGUGUUGCAUCACCAAGUCAAAUGAGUACAUCAAGUAAAUCUACUCGCAGUACAACUACUACUUAUAAUUCACCAGUCUACAUUCCAACCAUUGAUGAACUACGCCAACAAGCUGAGGACGAAAAGAAUCAAGCGGAAAGAGCUAAAUUAGAAGGGCGUGAGGAAUGGGCAGUGAACACACAAGUAGCUAAAGUUGGUGAAUGGGAAAUAAUAGCUCAACCUUCAGUAGAUUCUACUGCAGUCAAUAAUCAAAGCGAUAAAAAUAAAACGAAACCGGCCACAACACAUGAUCAAACUCCAGAGUUUCAAGAUGAUGAUGAAGAAGAUGAAGAAGAUUUACAUAAUUUUAAAAUUAAGGAAAAGGAGCUUCCAGUAGAUAUAGAUAAUGCUCCCGGAGAUGGUGAAAAAGAAGAAAUAACGUUCAAGAAACGUAAAUUAGGUGGUGGUGACUCGAUUUUCAAACCAAGGAAGAAAAAGCCCCUUAGAAAGAAAGAUUGAUGUAAUAACGACGACAUGAAUGAUACUCAUAUGUAUAUGCAUAUAACUCUAUGUUAGGGUGCUCAUAUAUGUAAAUUUGUUGUAUUUGCAGAUACAUGUUACAUAUCAUGUAAGCUAUUUUUUGUUGAUAUUAUUUUAUAAACAUAUAAUUGUAUAUUUUGAAA